UGACAGCUGUCCUCUCACUAAAUAAAAUAAAUAAAACAAGAACCCGCAGGCUCCAAAAGCCGACCAUCACAACUACUCUACGGUCUCUACCCGACGUUCUUGCUCUGGUAGUCUUCCUCCAGUAUCAGCUUAACUUCUUAUCAAUUGUCCCAUCCCUCUCAGCCGAACCCAGAGAAUAGAUUAGAGAGAGAUGGCAAAUCAAGGUGCAAAGAAGCGUAAGGAAGAGAACACCCGGCACAUGGCGAAUCUCCGUCGCCUGAUUGUGGCCUGUAAUGUUAUUUAUGUGUUGCUAAGGAUGCUCAUUUUCCAUUCUACUUUCACCUGGAAAAAUUGGGUUGCUUUGCUUCUGACAUCCCUGGCUUAUUACAUCCCCUAUAAACAACUUGCCCAGAUGGCAACUCCUUCUUAUGGCAAUGAUGGGGAACUUCUAGAUGGUGGCUUUGAUAUGACCACUGGUGGAGUGUGUGGGUAUAUGCAUGAUGUAAUUUACAUCACAAGCUUCGUGCAAGUCAUGUCCAUAAUCUCUGGAAAAUUUUGGUACACCUAUCUGCUGAUCCCAGGUUUUGGAGUAUACAAAUCAUGGGGUUUCAUUAAAGGAUUUAUGUCGCAAGGCUCAGAGGGAGGUGUUGAGGAUGAAAAGACUCGGAAGAAGAGGGAAAAGAUGGAGAAGAAGGCUUCAAGAGGCCAGUUUGUCAAGACAAGAAGUAGAUAAUCUACUUCCAGAAUGAGUUACCAGCUUUUGCUCUAAACCAGUUCUCUUGAUGCUGAGUUGUAGUACCUUGGCCGAGUACAUGAACUGUAUAAUUCCGACUUGGAGAUGGCCAAGAAAUGUGUCUUGGUUUGGAUGCCCAUGCUCUGCUUGUUUCUUACUCAACGCAUUCAAAAUGGGAUUUGUUUUAGCCAAUGGAUAGAGAUGCACCUUCACAUUUGGGCAAGACUGCUACAAAUAUAUAGGUGAAGAAUGGGUUUUAAUUGUAUCUCCUGAUCUUUUCGAUUUUCGAUACUUCUUACUAAUGAAACUUACGAUUACUUGACGUAAAUGAAAGAGUUCUCGAAGAUCAAUUGAUAUAAAUUUAAAA